UUGAGGGGGUGAGUUUUGUGUUUCAUUGCAUUUCCACUGAGGAGUUGAGGCAGUCAUCAUAACAAAAAUAAUUAGAAAUGAUGAAUCAUCGCCGUCGUACUCAAGUGGUAACGAGUGAUGAUGAAGAGGAAACACCAAACCCACAAUACACACAGAAAAGGACGAGGCUUUCAGAGCAAGAUAACAGUAAUGAGAAUAAAGAAGAACAAAAAAAAGAAGCAGUAUCGAAACUGCCUCGUCCUGUGGAGGACGCUAAGCCUAUUGGCGAGCCUAUUAAGUCUUCGGGAAAAGGGAAAAAAGAGAAGAGGCACUAUGAAUCCUUCGAGUUUAAUGGGAUCAAAUAUACUCUUGAGGAUCAUGUUCUUUUCAAACCAGAGGAAAAGGGCCAAAAGCCAUAUGCUGGAAUUAUUAAGGACAUUACACAAGGAAAUAAUGGCAACGUGGUAGUGACAGGGCAGUGGUUUUAUCGUCCCGAAGAAGCUGAGAAAAAAAGUGGUGGCAAUUGGAAAUCGUGUGAUACGAGGGAGUUGUUUUAUAGUUUCCACCGUGAUGAUGUUCAUGCUGAGGCUGUUAUGCAUAAGUGUGUGGUGCAUUAUGUUCCCCAACACAAACAACUUCCAAAACGUAAGGAUCACCCAGGGUUUAUUGUACAAAAGGUGUAUGACAAUGUGGAAAAAAAGCUUUGGAGGUUGGGUGAUAAGGGCUUUGAGGAUAUUAAGCAGCAAGAGAUUGAUGUGCUUCUUGAGAAGACUCUACAACGUAUUGGUGAAUUAUUUGACAUCGAGGCUGAUGAAACCCUUAACGAUGGGGAAGACCAAAUGAAAAUAAAAAAAAAGCUCAAGGAGAAAAAGUGUUUCACCUCUUGAUGUUUCAAAGGACCAGAUGUCUCAAAAGUAAUCUACAUGGCUAUUGAAACUCCUCCACCAACGCCUUCACACCUUUCAUCCACUUUUGCACCUCCAUCUUCACCAACUUAAGUGCAAUCAUCAGUUGUUUAUCCCCAUAGCCAAAUUAAAAUCGACAAGUUGUCCAUGUGAUGUCAUCCACCUCAAUCCUAAACAACUUAUUUGUUUUUGUCUAUUUUCAGUUUUAUUUUCUUGCUUUUGACAAUUAUAUUAUAAUAUGUAUUGCUUAUAUUUCUCUA